AUGUGUGAAACUAACUGUCAACCAUAUGAAGGAGAGAAGCUGGGUGACAGAAUCACAGCCCUUCAUCAGCUAGUUUCUCCAUUUGGGAAGACUGACACAGCGUCUGUGCUGUUAGAAGCUAUUGGGUAUAUCAGAUUCCUUCAGAGUCAGAUCGAGGCUCUCAGCUUACCAUACUUGGGCAAUACUGCUUCAUCAAACAUCAGGCACCAACAACAACAAUCUGCAGUUCAAGGAGAGAAUAAUUGUAUAUUCCCUGAAGACCCUGGUCAGCUUCUGCAUGAAAACAGCUUGAAGAGGAAAGCGCCUGGCAGUAAUCAGCAGGAAUCAAGAGAAGAAAGGAAGAAGGACCUGAGAAGUAGAGGGUUGUGUCUGGUUCCAGUGUCGUGCACAAUGCAAGUUGGGAGUGACAAUGGAGCAGACUAUUGGGCUCCUGCACUAGGCGCAGGGUUUCGAUAGAUCAAAACUUCGCCAUAGAAGAAGAAGAAGAAGAAGAAGAAGAAGAAGACAGAUGGAUGAUGCCAAUUAAUUGAAGAAGGAAAAGAGAUACCAUCAUGAGCAGUCAAAUGCUCUAAGACUUUCCAAGGCUGAUUGCUCAUGAUGCUAUACUCUUUCGUCCUCAAUAAAACUUCUAGCUAGCUAGCUUGCGUGCUCAUCUGCUGUCCUCAAUUGAUUCAUUCCACUUUUCCUGCAAUCCCUUGCUUCCUCCUAAUUAUUAUUGUUAAUUAACACUAGUUUUCUUCGUCUAUUAUUGUUCAUGCACGCAAAUCCAUCUCAGCUUUCUUUGUUAUUA